CAUGGCGGCCAGUGUCAAUUCGGGAACGUCGCGAUCGUAACGUGAAAUAAUGUAUUUUGUUGUUUUAGAAUAUGGGUGAUUAUGUGCAAUAAAUUAACGUACUCUGAUGUGUAAAGUGUUGUGUUUUACAAUUUUUUGUGUAAUUUAAGUGUCAAUAUGGCCUCGGAUAAAAUUAAAGUAGCUGUUCGGGUUCGUCCCUUUAACAGGCGAGAAUUGGAGCUUGGAACACAAUGCGUGGUGGACAUGGAUGGACAGCAGACCAUCCUGCAGUAUCCACAGGCACACGACAAAGAAAGGAAACAACCAAAGACGUUCGCGUUCGACCACUGUUUCUUCUCCCUGGAGCCAUCCGCGUCACACUUUGCUUCCCAACAGACAGUGUUCAACUGUCUAGGUCGGGAUAUCCUGGACAAUGCCUUCGAAGGAUACAACGCUUGCAUCUUUGCAUACGGACAGACAGGUUCAGGCAAAUCGUACACGAUGAUGGGCACAUCGGGGGGUGAUGAAGGCGGCAUCAUCCCCAGACUCUGCAACGCGCUGUUCGAACGGAUCGCCAAGCAACAGUCGCCGCCCGCGCUCACAUACAAGGUGGAGGUGUCCUACAUGGAGAUAUACAACGAACGUGUCCACGACCUGCUAGACCCGGAGACCACCAGGCGAUCGCUGAGAGUGCGCGAGCAUGCCGUAUUGGGGCCGUACGUAGAUGGCUUGUCGCAGCUGGCGGUCUCUUCGUUCCAGGACAUCGACAACCUGAUGACAGAAGGCAACAAAUCACGCACAGUCGCGGCCACAAACAUGAACAGCGAAUCGUCCAGAUCUCACGCGGUGUUCAGCGUGGUGUUGACACAGACUUUAUGUGAUGCUGCUACAGGGGUGACGGGGGAGAAGGUGGCGAGGCUAUCUUUGGUGGACUUGGCAGGCUCGGAACGGGCCGUCAAAACUGGCGCCGUGGGCGAUAGGCUGAAGGAAGGGUCCAAUAUCAACAAAUCGCUGACGACCCUUGGUUUAGUGAUAUCGAAGCUUGCGGACCAGUCUUCAGCCAAGCCCAACAAGGACAAGUUCGUGCCCUAUAGGGACUCCGUGCUCACUUGGCUCCUGAAGGACAAUUUGGGCGGCAACAGCAAGACUGUUAUGGUGGCAACAGUAUCGCCAGCGGCGGACAACUACGAAGAGACUCUGUCGACACUGAGAUACGCUGACCGCGCCAAGAGGAUAGUGAACCACGCCGUCGUCAACGAAGACCCCAACGCGAGGAUCAUCAGGGAGUUGCGGCAAGAGGUCGAGGCGCUCAAGGAGAUGCUUAAACAUGCUACGGGCUCACCAGUGGGCGAGGACGUCCAUGAACAACUGGCGCAAAGCGAACAUCUCAUGAAGGAAAUGUCCAGGACGUGGGAGGAGAAACUCGUGGAAACUGGUCGGAUACAGAGUGAAAGGCAACACGCGUUAGAAAAGAUGGGCAUCAGCGUGCAAGCCAGCGGUAUCAAGGUUGAGAAGAAUAAGUACUAUUUGGUGAACUUGAACGCGGAUCCUUCAUUGAACGAGUUACUUGUAUACUAUCUUAAGGACCGAACUCUAGUAGGCGCAGACAGUUCAGCCGACAUCCAGCUGUCAGGCCUCGGAAUCCAACCCCAACAUUGCCUGCUGUUGGUGGAAGGCGGAAGUCUCCACAUGGAACCGCUGAACGGCGCCAGGUGCUUCGUCAAUGGAACCCCAGUCGUCUCGCACAUUAGGCUCGGCCACGCUGAUAGGAUACUAUGGGGAAACCAUCACUUCUUCAGGGUCAACUGUCCAAAACAGACUGGCAAAUCCGCCGCGUCAGAGCCGCAAACUCCAGCCCAGCCCAUAGACUACAACUUCGCACGAGACGAAAUAAUGUUGAACGAGCUCAGCAACGAUCCCAUACAGACCGCCAUCUCGCGGCUCGAGAAACAACACGAAGAGGACAAACAAGUUGCAUUAGAAAAACAGAGACAAGAAUAUGAAAGACAGUUCCAACAACUAAGAAAUAUAUUAUCACCGUCGACACCGUACCCUCCAUAUUCGUACGAUCCCCUCAAGUUAGGCAAGCUGGCGGCGUGCACGCCGACGACGGCGGCGCGCGUGGAGCGCUGGGCGGCCGAGCGCGACGACACCUUCCGUCGCUCGCUGGGCCGCCUCAAGGCCGACAUCCUGCGCGCCAACGCGCUCGUGCAGGAGGCCAACUUCCUCGCCGAGGAGAUGAGCCGCAACACGCGCUUCAGCGUCACGCUGCAGAUACCGCCGCAGAACCUCAGCCCCAACAGGAAGCGUGGCGCCUUCGUGUCGGAGCCAGCGAUAAUGGUGAAGCGUCCCGGGCGCGGCGGACAGGUGUGGUCGAUGGAGAAGCUCGACAACAAGCUCGUGGACAUGCGCGACAUGUACGACGACUGGCGGCAUCGGCAGAGAUCGGACGAUGUUGUCGAGGAGGAGCCGGCAGAUAAAGCAGUAGUGGAUCCGUUCUACGAGUCACAAGAGAACCACAACUUGAUUGGCGUCGCGAACGUAUUCCUAGAAGCUCUGUUCCACGACGUGACCCUGGACUACCACACUCCUAUCAUCAGCCAACAAGGGGAGGUCGCCGGCAGGCUGCAGGUGGAGCUGAGCCGCGUGUCGGGCCAGUUCCCGCAGGACCGGAUCUGCGAGGCCGCGUCCGACAGCUCCGGCGACUUGCGCGACGACGACGAUGCCGCGGAUCCCGCCACUCACCAAGUAACAAUCCGCGUAGUAAUCAAGCAAGCCACCGGUCUCCCUCCGUCGCUAUCGCACUUCGUAUUCUGCCAGUACACGCUGUGGGGGGGAUCCGAACCAGUUGUGGUCCCCCCUCUGGUGUCGGCGGACACUCCCGCGCCGCCCACCUCCCCGCGGCACACACCCGCCGUCACCUUCCGCUUCAACAUGAAGCACGACCACACUCUGCCGCUCACCGAGGAGUUCAUAGAGCAUUGUGCGGAGGGUGCGUUAUCAAUCGAAGUUUGGGGCCAUCGAUCUGCGGGAUUCAGUCGCGCGCGCGGCAACUGGGAAGUUGAACAGCAACAGUUGGCGAAGGCGAGGUCCCUGGCCGAUCGCUGGGCCGAGUUGACUCGUAAGAUCGAACUCUGGGUCGAGAUACACGAGCUCAAUGAUCAGGGCGAAUAUGCGCCCGUUGAAGUGCUUCCUCGAGCUGAUAUGGUGACUGGCGGUGUGUACCAACUGAGACAAGGCCAACAACGGCGUUUGGCAGUUCGAGUACGACCGGCACAAAACUCUGGCACAUUGCCCAUCAUCUGUCAGCACAUUGUCAGCGUGGAGGUCGGCUCUGUCACUGUCAGAUCUCGGUUGCAGAAGCCCCUGGACUCGUACCAGGAGGAGGACCUGGCCGUGCUGCGGGAGAGGUGGAGCGACGCGCUGGCGCGCCGCCGACAACACUUGCACGCCCAGUUACAGAAACUGGUGAAUAUGUCCCCAUCGAUGAAGAGCGAAAGAGACAUGGAGAGGGAACAGUCGCUCGUCGAGCAAUGGGUGUCCUUGACCGAGGAAAGGAACGCUGUGUUAGUCCCAAGCCCCGGCAGCCCUAUACCCGGAGCACCGGCCGCGUGGAAUCCACCGUCGGGGAUGGAGCAGCAUAUACCAGUCUUGUUUUUAGAUCUCAACGCUGACGACCUAACGACCCACCCAUCCGGCGAAGAGGUGACCGUCGCAGGCCUUCACUCCAUCUUACCAAAAGAGCACGGCAACAAGUUCUACGAGCUACAAAUACUGCAUCAUCACGACAAGGAUGUGUCUGCUAUCGCCUCCUGGGAUUCCUCUAUACAUGACUCGCAAUACCUUAACCGAAUGACUGAAGCCAAUGAACGCGUGUACCUGAUACUGAAAGUGACCGUGCGAUUGUCGCACCCCGCGCCGAUGGAUCUCAUACUUAGGAAGCGGCUGGCUCUCAACAUUUACAAGCGACAGAGCCUCACUGACAGGAUCCGGAAGAAGAUUGUGAGUGACAUCUACAGGACCGACCAGCUGACGCAAACGGGCGUCACGUACGAAGUGGUUUCGAAUAUCCCCAAGGCAUCUGAAGAGCUGGAGGAGAGGGAAAGUUUGGCGCAGAUUGCGGCCACUGGGGAGGAGGCCAGUGCGGCCGAUGGCGAGACUUAUAUUGAGAAAUACACAAGAGGCGUGAGCGCAGUGGAGAGCAUCCUGACUUUGGACCGGUUGCGUCAGAGCGUCGCCGUCAAGGAGUUGGAGCAGGCACGUGGCCAGCCUAUCACUAUGCGCAAGACCGCUUCUGUGCCUAACUUCUCGCAGCUGUCGCAGGCGCUGGAGGCGGCCAAGAACGGAACCAACAUCAUGCGUCUGGACUCCUCGUUGGAAUCGCUGGCCGGGCUCGCUUCGGGUCGUUCCGGCAGCGUCGCCGACCUCGUGGACGAAACGCCACGGCGUACGGUCCACAGGCACUCGUACGCGGCGCCUGUGCAUAGUGACCCAGAUAUGCCGACACCGACCAAACCGUUUGGACUAGGCUCGUUCCUAUCAGCUCGUCCAACGUUCCUAAACUUGAAUUUGAACCUGAACUCACUGCGACUGCAAACGCCCAACAAGUCGUCUCCGGCGAGUGGCAAGCUAGGGCUGCGUAUGACGACGUUGCACGAAGAGCCAGGACGGCGUAACGAUGAUGAUUCCCAUUCGGAACCAGAAUCCGCGCCUAAUGAUGAACUUACAACACCGCGGUCACAUCGUACCCGCGCCAGAGCGACACCUCGUGGCUUUCUACCAACUUCCAAGACGCUAGACUCUCUACACGAACUGGCCUGUGAAAGAGUACCAAGCAAAAACUCACCCUCAAUAUCAUCCAGUGGUUACGGCUCACAAGCAGUAUCAUCAACGAACCUAACCAACGAUGACACACUAUCAAUCCGAAGCAUGUCCGUCGACGACACUCCAGACUUUGACAAAACCAUGGACUACACCCACAUAAGUCGAACAAAAACGUCAAUGGCCGGUCUAAGGAACGAAAUCACUGAACUAAGGAACGACAUAAGUGAACUGAAGAAUGAGAUAGUUGAAUCAAAGAACGAGUUAGAAGAUACGUCGUACGAGAAAGUUAAAACGCCCGUGUUGACUCCAGGCGCGAAGAGAAUCAAUCCGUUUUUGAGGGAUUGCGACGAAGUAAAGGAAGAUAAGAGUGUGAUGGUGGACCCGCUUGGGGCUAUUCCAGUGGAGAAUCACGUGGUUGUGUCUAGUCAAAAUAAAAGUAGCGAUCCUGUGCAUGUCAAUGGGGAAGUGUUGCAUGAAUCUUCGUUUGGAGAGGUUGAAAUCGAGUCGGUGAGUUCAGAGCAGUCGAGUCACGAUUGCGAGAGGAGUCGGGAGGCGUCGUCGGUCGGCGAGAGCGACUCCGCUUCUCCCGGGCCUGACCACGGCAUCGUCAAAACUCAGCUGCCGGCUGGGAAGGUGGUUCGACGUCGAGCGGGCGCUAACAGGAAUUCCCGGUCGGGCGCCAACCGGCCGAAGUCCGCGAUAGAGACCUCCACGCACGUCAUUCGGCCGUUAGAUCACACGCCGGCCUCCUCUACUGAGAGGAUCGGAGACGACGAAUCAUCAGAAAGCCAUUGCGGGCGAGGGUCGGUGGUCCCGGAGUGGAUGACGGUGGGGGAGAGCGUGUCGCUGCGCCUCAGCAGCAGCACGGGCGUGGUGGCCUACAUCGGGGCCACGCACUUCGCGCCCGGCGUCUGGGUGGGCGUCGCUCUGGACGCGCCCACAGGCAAAAACGACGGGUCUGUGGGCGGCAGCCGGUACUUCAGCUGCCCGCCGCGGCACGGCAUCUUCGUGCGGCCCGACAAGCUGGCCGCCGACCGCCGCGGCCGCUCCGCGCGCGCCUUCCGCGACUCCGAGCUCAAGCGCGCCGCCACCAAGGGAGAGGGCCUACAUAAUCUGCACAGAUCGCGGAGUCGCGGCGAGAGUAUAAACGCCGUUGGCACCAAAACUAGAAGCAAAUAAACUCGCCUCAAUUCGUCCCUGUCCUCCCAAGUCGAGUAACGGACCGAAUUUACAAGAACGUCCAGUUCUCGUCCACUCUGUACUUGUAUAGUGAACCAGUUUUUUUGUUGCAGUCGUGUAACGCAUAUGGUGCUUUGUAUGUAUUGUAGUGUUACGUUUCGUUCAUUACCGCCUCGGUAAAGCAAUAUCUGAUGCCUUUUUGUUGACUUUUAUAUCGUUGUUGGACCGCUGUUGUUGGAGGAACAGCGUCUCCCGCUCGUUGACGCUCAACGCCGCGACGACGACGCGAGUUCCGAACGUUCGAGAAUGUUUUUAAUGAAUCCGACUUUUUAUUCUUUGACUAAGUAAAUUUAUUUCUAUUGAAUAUGUAAAUAGAAUUGAUAAUUGUGAUUUAAUUUUAUUAUCAUUUCAUUUCGAUGUAAAUAUGUGAAUUUUUGUGUGUGUAUUAUUAUUUAAUUUAAUAAUUUAGAACCAAUGAAAUUUUUGUGAUCGAUGAUGUUAAGAUUCGAUGGAUUAUUUGUAUAGGAUUUUUUACUGUAUAGUUUGUGGUAUAGACGCGAUCGUAAAUUAUUUAUGUGUUUCGCUCAUAGACCUUGCUUUUCUUGUCUAUGGUGUGUCCAGUUUUAUAUUCUGCCAGGAAUAUAAAAUCUGUUCGCAAACUUUCAAUCUAACACUCCGCUUAAAGCAUUUCAAAAUCGAUUAUAACUUUUACAGUACAUGUUCGUACUUUUAUCGUCUUGCUCAGAAGCAUUUUGUGUUUUACACACGAUUGCCGAUUUUAAAUGUGAUAGUUUAUUUCUUGCCACGUAAUCUACGAAUAUAUAUUUUUUUUAUUUCGACUUGGAUUUAUCUUUUCACUGUCUCAAGUAGAGUUUUAUGAAAUCGUCCAAUAUUACAUCUUCGUCCUUAAAAAGACUUGUACUUAGUACACAACCAUUUGACGGAUUGCCGAAGCCCUGACUUUUAUUGAUAUACUGUUGCGCGCAAGUUAUGAGCGAACGAGCUAAAAUUUUAUGUUUGAUGACCAUUUCUACAAAAAGGUUGUUAAAUUUUACUAGAUUAUAAUGAUUCAGAGUAAAAUAAAAUGUCAUAAUAAGCUUAUCACUUGCGCCGAAGAUUUAUCGAUUAAGUUGUGUAGGUAUCUAAAUAAGGGGUUAUGUAAAAUAUGAGUAGUCUUAAACAAUGUAAAUUAAACAUCACUCUUAAAUUGUCCUCAAUUUAAUAUUUCCAUCCACUGUCGAACAAUAAUAGGCAUUCUGUCUGUGUAUUAGAAGGAUGACUUCUUAGUCGUGUUUCGUAUAGUUAUAUGAGUGGUAGUUGUUUGGAAUAUUGGCAUUUUUUGGUAAAAUAUCAAACAUAGCGACAUUGUGCGCAUGUAAUCAGUUAGGCGGCCGUUAAACAGUCAAUUAUAUUGCCCAAUAUGAAUGAAUGGCAAGAAUAAUAUACCUUGACCAAAUUUAAAAGUAUUAUUUCAAAGUUUUCAAGCUUUAUCAAAAGCAGUGACUAUUUCAUCAAGACAAAUAACCUUAUUAUUUAUCCAUAUUGCACAAUAUAAUCGAUGGUCUAGAGGCCGCCUUAGUCCACAUCGAGCUCUACGGUGGCCGGGCGAUAGUUAUAACUCACCUAAUGUAUAUUCCAUCCUUUUAGUAAUAGUCUCAUAAGUACACUAAAAAGUACACAAAUAGUUUAACGCCUCGUUGUCUACUAGUAUUGUAAGACACUCGAGCGAUCAUGUAGUUCGCCACUUGCCUCCAUUCCUGUAAACAUAUGUAUAUUAAACAUGUACACGUAAGUUCUACGUAUUUACGAAGUUAUCAAAUUGAAUCAGCUGUUUAAACGAUGCACUCGAGAAUUUAACUCCAAUGUUAAUGGGAGUCGCGGCUUCGUCGUGAAUCGUUUCGUAUAUAAAACAAAUGUAAAAUCAGAAAACUGAUCUCAGCUAUAUAUGUAACAUUUUACUAUCGCUGUUUCAAAUAAAAAAUAUGUAAUCGUUAGUUGAAGCCGCGGUCUGUAUCACUUAGCAUGAGUUCUGCAAAGUAUCUCUAAUCAAAAUGAUUUUAUUCUGCGUUUAUUACACGUAGAUUGGGACAGCGCCUCUAGCGGUACAAAUAGAAAACUUUAGGCGCGUCGUUUCAAGUUCAUAUUUGGUGUAUGUAAUAACAAUUUCGAUGCUUUGUCUACAGUAGAUUGUAGAACUCUUACUAGGAGUACGGUAUUUUGUAAGCGUUGACUGACAUCAUAUUUGUCACACAUAGUUAUCACAUUUAUACAUUUAUCGAAUGCUUAUUAGACUGUCGUACUUAAACAUUCCAUUUUUCUAUACAUUUAACUAGCAAAUUUAUGUAGUUUUUCUCUGACGAUUAGUUUUAAUUACAAACUGACUUAAACAGCAUUAAUUUUGCAUUUUAAGAUUUUGACUUUAAAUUUAUUGACCAUUAAACCUAACUAGGGCAGCUCAACGUGUAGUCGAAGUUAAAGAAAUAAUGAAUAACAUAUUUUGAAAUAUUGUAGGAUGUCUUUGAAAUCUCGAUGUGCUUAAGUCCAGUAGUUGUAGAACAUGGGCAAAGAACCGGAGUAAUAUCGGAACUGAUCGCUUGGUCUUCUGCGGUUUGGCGGCGAGGUACGCACUAGGGCUCCUAGUAUUAGGCUAAUAGUGACCCUAUGAGGUACGCGCUCAUUGUAACGUGUCCAACGUAGCGCGCGUACGACUGCGAAAUCGCAAAGAGGUCAUCGUUUAUUGUGGAGAUGUUAUAUUUUUAGAUAAUACGCAAAAUACGAACGAGUCGUGCGUGCUGUACGCUGCACAACGUACACGUGACCGCGUACCAUUCAGCGUCAUGUAGGUCCUAAAAUAAUUUUAUUAGAAAAUAAGCUGACCAUGUGCUGUGCUUUUGUUUUAAACAAAUAGUAUUUAGGUAAAUGAAAUUAUUUGUUUUAUUAUAUUAUAAUUUUAUUUCACGUAGAGGAUUUUUGUAUUUAUUGCAGUCAAUUGAAACAAAUUUAUGAGCUUUUAUGAUGUUGAUGUAAUUAGUUUUUUGAAAUCGUGCCGCAUGUUUCAUUUUAGAAUUAGAACGAAUUAUUUUAGUUGCAGUGUUGAAAUUGUGUAUAAACAAAUAAACAUAAAUCACAAAUCAUGUAUUUCUUAUUCUUUUAUGUGAUAAGCGGGUAGGCAGCUACUUGGUAGCAUAGAUGGUUGCAUCGUCAUAAUUGUGUACACAUUAUAAGCAUAAAGAGAUUUUAAUAUUUAAUAAUACAAAAAUAGUUCACUUCUAGUGGAAAUAUUUUUGCCAAGUAGCAAUUUGAGUCGACCAUCGCUGUCAUUAUCAAUAAAUGUAUUAUAAAUUA